ACAGUUGUAUGCUUGCGGCAUUCAGGCUCUAGAGUUCAGUGGACAACCUCUAGCUCUGCCCUCUGCACUCUGCUACUCAUCUCUCUCUCUCUCUCUCUCUCAUGGCGAUUCUUUCUUUUUUCUCACUCUCACUUCCCUCUUCUCGCUGUCUCCCUCUUACAUCCUUCCCUUCCUCCCUCGCCCCCAGUUCUCCCAUUACAAUCUCUAUAUUCAAAUCCCAACCACAGCCUCAAACUCUCGGCAUUCGCUUCAAAAAGGGGUUCGAUUCCUUCGAUAUCGCCUCCACCGCCGCCGCCGUCGGCGAGGACUUGCCAAUCAACUACAGCGAGUGGUUCCCGGAGGCUGAUCCCAGCAGCCGGAGACGUGCCGGCGUUUUCCUUCACCCGACAUCGCUGCCAGGACCCUACGGCAUCGGCGAUCUGGGCGAGCAGGCCUGUCGCUUCCUCGAUUGGCUUCACGAUGCUGGUUGCUCCGUUUGGCAGGUUCUUCCUCUUGUUCCCCCCGGGAGGAAGGCCAAUGAAGAGGGAUCACCCUAUUCAGGCCAGGAUGCAAAUUGUGGUAACACUCUUUUAAUUUCUCUUGAAGAGCUUGUUAAAGAUGGUUUGUUGAUGGAACAUGAGCUUCCUAGACCAAUUGAGGCAGAUCGUGUGAGGUUCUCUGCUGUUGCUGACAUAAAGGAUCCUUUGAUAGCCAAGGCUGCAGAGAGGCUUAUAAUGAGUAAAGGAGAGCUCAAGGGGCAGCUUGAAGAUUUCUGUGGUGACCCUGAUAUAUCAAGUUGGCUUGAAGAUGCUGCUUAUUUUGCCGCUAUCGACAAUACUUUGAAUACUUUCAGUUGGUAUGAUUGGCCAGAACCUUUAAAGAAUCGUCAUCUCGCAGCUUUGGAAAGCAUUUAUCAAAGCAAACAGGAAUUUAUAAGCAUAUUCAUUGCACAACAGUUCUUAUUCCAAAGGCAAUGGCAUAAGGUUCGCAGCUAUGCACGGAAGAAGGGAAUCCGUAUAAUGGGAGACAUGCCUAUUUAUGUAGGUUAUCACAGUGCAGAUGUUUGGGCUAAUAAGAAACAAUUUUUGAUGAACAGGAAGGGUUUUCCUCUUCUUGUAAGUGGUGUUCCCCCUGAUGCCUUCAGUGAAACUGGUCAGCUCUGGGGCAGCCCUCUAUAUGAUUGGAAAGCCAUGGAGAAAGAUGGAUUUUCUUGGUGGAUACGUCGUGUACGCCGUGCACAAAAUCUAUAUGACGAAUUCAGGAUAGAUCAUUUCCGGGGAUUCGCUGGCUUUUGGGCUGUUCCUUCUGAAGCAAAGGUUGCAAUGGUUGGGAAAUGGAAGGCAGGACCAGGAAAAUCUGUGUUUGAUGCCAUAUUCAAAGCUUCUGGAAAGAUCAACAUAAUAGCAGAAGAUUUGGGAGUAAUCACCAAGGAUGUAGUUCAGCUUAGGAAAUCCAUUGGGGCACCUGGAAUGGCUGUUCUCCAGUUUGCAUUUGGAAGUGAUGCAGAUAACCCUCAUUUGCCUCAUAAUCACGAGUGCAAUCAAGUUGUGUAUGCUGGGACUCAUGAUAAUGACACGACACGAGGUUGGUGGGACAUCUUGCAGCUGGAAGAGAAGUCCAAUGUAUUGAAGUAUCUUAAAAUUACUGAAGACGAUGAUAUCUCAUGGGCACUAAUUCAAGCUGCACUAUCAUCAGUAGCACAAACUGCAGUCAUCACGAUGCAAGAUAUUCUUGGGCUUGGGAGUUCUGCAAGGAUGAACGUUCCUGCAACUCAGUUUGGAAACUGGAGUUGGAGGAUUCCUGGUUCCACGACUUUUGAGAGUUUGGAGCCUCAAGGAAAAAAGCUAAGAGAUAUGCUCUCAAUGUAUGGACGACUUCAAAAGUAAGAUGUGCUCUCAAUGUAUGGACGGCCUCAAAAGUAAGAUUGCCAAAAUUCCACAGGUGUCUUCAACUUGGUUGCGACUGGUAUUGUACAAUAUCUGUACAUGUACGGCUAAUUUAUGAAAGCAUAAAAUGAACUUUGAAGCAAUGUACUUGUUUCACACCACGAGGUGGACUGAAUUUUUCUUUUCAAAUGAAUAAAAUGGCCUCUUAUCUUUGUAUUUAA